GUGGCCUCUGGGCGCCGGUGCCGCGCAUGCGCGGCUCCUCCCCCUUCUCCUCCGUCGUCGUUCCCCGGCGAACUUUCGUCGCCGCUUCUCUCCGACGUUGCCGCGGUCGGGCAUCAGCCAUGGUGUUGGGCAUCCAGCAACUGGUCGGCUACCUGGCCCUGUGGGCCUUCUGCGCUCAGAGCAAACCCACCGAGAAGAAGGACCGCGUCCACCACGAUGCUCAGCUGAGCGACAAGGUCCACGAUGACGGCCAGAACUUCGAUUACGACCACGACGCCUUCCUGGGGGUUGAUGAAGCCAAGACCUUCGACCAGCUGACUCCCGAGGAGAGCAAAGAGAGGCUGGGAAAAAUUGUAAGUAGAAUAGAUGGCGACAAGGACGGGUUUGUAACGGUGGAGGAGCUCAAGGCCUGGAUUAAGUUUGCCCAAAAGCGCUGGAUUUUCGAGGACGUGGAGCGCCAGCGGAAGGGCCACGACCUCAACGGGGACGGCCUGAUCUCCUGGGAGGAGUACCGGAACGCCACCUACGGCUACGUCUUAGAUGACCCGGACCCCGACGACGGCUUCAAUUACAAACAGAUGAUGGUGAGGGAUGAACGGCGCUUCAAAAUGGCCGACCAGGACGGAGACCUGGUGGCCACCAAGGAGGAGUUCACCGCUUUCUUGCACCCCGAAGAAUACGACUACAUGAAGGACAUUGUCGUGCAGGAAACCAUGGAGGAUAUCGAUAAGAAUGGAGACGGUUUCAUUAAUUUGGAAGAAUACAUAGGUGACAUGUACAGCCACGACGGCAACACGGAGGAACCCGAGUGGGUCAAAACGGAACGGGAACAAUUCGUGGAGUUCCGGGACAAGAACCACGACGGGAAGAUGGACAAGGAAGAGACCAAAGACUGGAUCCUGCCCUCCGAUUACGACCACGCCGAGGCCGAAGCGCGGCACCUGGUUUACGAGUCGGAUAAGGACAAGGACGGCAAGCUCACCAGAGAAGAAAUUGUGGACAAGUACGAUCUGUUUGUGGGCAGCCAGGCCACGGACUUCGGGGAAGCCUUAGUACGACACGACGAAUUCUGAACCAGGAAUCUCCCUUUUUUUUUUAAAGGAAGAAGGUGGUUUAUUUUUUUGGGGGGGGGAGUGUUGUUUUUACCGUUUCAGGAUUAACACAAGAAAAGGCUCACUAUCAAGACUCAGUUUCAGAAUUUUUUUUGGGGGGGGGAGGAGAAGAAACCCUCCCCCCCAGUUGGUCCCAUCCUCCUCACUUCCCCUCCCCUCCUCUGACUUCUCUCCAAGGUGGGAGGGACAUCAUGGUUCUCGUUGAAACCCCAAAGUUUUCCGUUUUUGUUUUUUAAAUAGAUUUGCAUGUCCUUUUUAUGUCUUUUAACAGGUUCAGUUUUA